AUGGUGAUUGAUGUGAGCUAUGAUUCAUUAAAGGCUGCAGCAAAAAUUAUUGUUUGGCCAAAAAAGACAAAGGAUUAUGACAAUCAAUUAUGGACAUACGACAGUGGAUACAUUAUAAAUAAGAAUUCAGGCAUGGUUUUAGAUGUGCAAGGAGGCAUUCUAGAGAGCGACAAGCAAAUGAUUCAAUACAAGCGAAAAAUGAUUGAAGACGCACACAAUCAACGAUGGUAUUACCGUGAAGAUGGCUUUAUUUACCCUCAAACAGACCCCAAUCUAGUUUUGGAUAUCCGAGGAAAUUGGACUAAACCUGGUACUGUUGUACUGCUUUAUGAACGUAAAUACGAGGAUAACUUGAAUCAGUUGUGGGAUUUAGUACCGCUUGAAUCAGUAGAACCAGCAAGCCAGUUACAAGAAAAGUCGUCAUUUGAUGACGAAGAGUAUGAUGAUGCAGGCUAUUCUUUUAGUUCCGCAACUUAUGCAUUGUAA